UCACGGGUUCAGUGGGUGAGGACUCAUCGAAUGAUUUUUUACCCCCAGGCCAUGCGGACUUCCUGCCGAUUGGCUCCAGCAACAUCUCCGUCAAUUUCAGCUCCACCGCACGUUUCUUUUCGCAGACGAUAAGCUUCCGUGAGGACGAGGAUGUACAGUGGAGCAAGAUGGGACUACUCGGCAAGGGUUCCUUUGGCAGCGUCUAUGAGGGCAUCACGAGCGAGGGGAAGAUCAUGGCCGUGAAGGUGCUGGAAAUUUCGCUCGAUGAAGACGCCGAAAACGUGGCGGGCAUUCAACGUGAGAUAAAUUUGAUGCGAUCGUUGAAGCACAAAAACAUAGUUGCGUACUACGGCUGCCAGACAAAAGAACUCUCUAGUGGAGCUCGACAGCUGGAGAUCUUUCUAGAGCACUGUCAUGGAGGUAGUUUGUCGCAUCUCCGUCGCAAGUUUGAACGGGCGAAGGAGCGUUUUUCCAUUUCGCUUGUUCGUACCUACGCGAAACAGAUUCUGGAGGGAUUGGCCUAUCUACAUAGCAUGAAUGUCGUCCAUAGGGAUCUAAAGGGCGACAAUGUCCUCAUCUCGGCACUCGGCGAAGCGAAACUUGCAGACUUUGGAUGCAGUAAACGCAUCGGCACGGCGACGAUGCAGCAAGAUAGCUGUGGGGGAAAAGGCGCUGGCUACCAAACAAUGGUCGGAACCCCGCUGUUCAUGGCGCCUGAAGUGGUCAAAUGCGAGGGCGGCUACUCCAAGCCGGCGGAUGUGUGGUCUGUUGGAUGCCUGGUGCUUGAGAUGCUUGGACGUCAGCCAUGGGUCUUUAGAAGUAAUGCAAACGCCUUCCAGAUCAUGUAUCAAAUCUCGAAGAGCACGUCGAUGCCAACGGGAGUGCCGAACAACUGUCCUGCGGAAUUGUACUCCUUCUUCACGCGGUGCUUCGAAAAUGAUCCGAAUAAGCGGGCGACGGCCGAGGAGCUGCUGACACACGAAUGGAUCACGUGCCCUGACAGCAAGCUGCAGGAGGUGCUGGAGGAGGCGGGUGGGGAAUGA